AUGCUUGCGAUGUCAAAGGGCAAAUCUGCCCUGUUCACAUGGUCUCAACAUAGGUUUCCGCAAUUUUACCACCACUCAUCCGACCCUCGCGAAGCCAACAAGGACGCCCCUCGGACUUUCUUCCAGAACAUCACAUUCGUUGAUGAAACCGUUUCGCUGAGCAAGAACUUGCGCCGGAGUGACUCCAAUGCUAUUCGUACGGACGCGGACAAGGUUGACUUGGCCUCCCCGGAUCACGAGCAAACGCAGGCGCAUGAGACUUCACCCGACAUACAGAGCAGUGACGACUUUUCCACAGCGCGGUUGUUUAACAAUCCGCCGUCUAUUUUUGGCCUUCCUCUGAAUGCGACUCUGUUUAGCUUCGCUCAAGAACCUCAGUCGACUGGGUCCUUGCUACACGCUGAUGGUCGCCCAAACUCAGAACCCUACCCAGUUGUUUCUCCGGAUCCUUUAGGCGACGCCGAUGCAUUUCGAAAUUUGCCUUGGAAUGUAACGACAGCCACAAAUGAGUUGGGUGGUCAGUCGUACUCUAUUGGUCCAUCUUUACCUCCUGCCGUUAGGCCUGGUAGAACGCCUCUGGAGAGCCCGUUUCCUAAUGAGGCCACCGCAACGAGUGCUGCUACCUCUUCCAAAUUCAGAAGAUCACAGAUAUCGUGUGAAGAUACCGUUGUUCUGCAUCCCAGAGAAGCCCAUCUGGUGAAGCUUUUCACGCAGACCUGGGGUCCGAUCUUUGACUGCCUGGACCCGGAUCGCCACUUUUCUACCAGCAUUGUCCAGGUUGCGCUGACAAAAUUCCCUCCCAUUCUGGACGCCAUGAUGGCAAUUUCUGCGUUGCAACUCAGCCGGGUGUCUGGGUACCCAUUUGCCGCAGCAGAAUAUUAUCGAGAUCGUUGCUCGAAAGCUCUGGUGCCCAUCCUUUUGAGUCAUGACAGGCCCAGCUCGAGCGAAGAGACGUUGUUCGCAACGUAUGUUCUUCUGAGAGGCUAUGCACAUAUCAAUGACAACCUCGAGGAUAGCCAGCCUGACAGCCUCUUCACCGCUGCUCUAGCGUUGAACACGAGCUCAGACGUAGUUCCAUCCGAAGAAGAGUCCCUGAUGCGUGCAGCAUUCUGGGUCCACCUUCGCCAGGACAUUCACGUUGCGUUGCUGCUUAAAUGCCCGAUCCGUAGUGACUUUGAGCCAUGCCUUCGGAAAGAUGAGAUAUUGUCCAGCCUCGAAAAGGAGGUGCAGGGUCAGGGAGUGUCACAGACAGCCAUCGACUGUGCGUGGGGUAACCGCAUGGUGAGCCUAUUGUGCGACGUGAUCAACUAUUGCUUUCAAGAGGGUGAGCGAACCCUUGAGACCUGGACGCUACUAUGGGUCGACGUCGAAAGGUGGUGCUUUGAGAAACCGCCCUCGUUUAAGCCAUACUGUGAGAGAGAGCGAGACCCCAGCCGGAAUAGGGUGUUUCCUGAAAUUUGGUUAACAUGUGAUUGGCAUGUUGUCGCGUCACUAUAUUACCACACAGCCAAACUUCUCCUCAAAACCCAUCGGCCUUAUAGUAGCUGGCGAAUGAAAGCAUCCGACAUGACCCCUGGAUACGACUUCGACUCGAUGGAUGAAAUAUUGCUCCACGCGCGAGCCAUCUGUGGUAUCAUCAUCACGAACCCCAUUGCUCAAGCCCUCAUAAUUGCUUGUCACAUGAUCAAUGUUGCGGGGGCAUUCUUUACCGAUGAGCAGGAACAGCACGAGACUGUCAGAUUGCUGGAGAUGGCUCAGGCAACCACCGGGCAUCCUUCCACAAAGGCCAAACAAAAGCUGAAAGAAGUCUGGACCAAGAGGGCAGUUUUGCGAAAGCACCUCUAA